AUGGAGGGACACAUGGAAAUGGAGGUGCUAAGGACACUGAAGGGGUCUUCCACAGGGGAGGUCAGUGUGCACCUGAUGGCCAGAGACAGCGCAGGUCCCCGUCCUCACCUACCUGCAACUGCCUUUAUUAUUCCUACCAAUGCAACCACCCUUAGUCUGCCCAGCCCGGCUUCAGCGGUGUCCUAUCCCCGAGAGCCAGCCCAUCUGGGUGCCCUGGAGCGAGUGACUAGCAGCGAACCAGUUACUGCCACCAUUCUGCCACAGCUAAGCACCGGGCCAGGGACCAAUAGCACAGUCAGGCUCCUGGAUUGGACAGGAGUUUGCACACCUUCAGCUGGGAGUGGCCUACGGUUCCGAAUAAGCGAAUAUGCGCCAUUGAACAUGAUGGGAGUACAGCGACCGCCAAGCCCUGAACGGCAGCGAGAAAGCCUGGUGGGACAUGAAGGUGGCUCUACAGGAGGCGAUACGGGCACCCAGUACCCUGAUGUCCGCCAGGACCCUCAAGAAGACACCUCUCGGGAACCCCCAGAAGACGCGAGCUCCAGUGGGUACCAGACUUUUGGGCCUCAACAAAGCACUGCCCCAGACCUUGGUUCUUCAGAUGACCACUGCCCUCUGCCUUUCCAGAAGCGGUCAGUCAUAGUAGAGAACUCAGCCUGUACUGUCACCUCUGAGCUCCUAAAGCCCAUGAAGAAGAGGAAACAUAGGGAGUACCAGAGCCCAUCAGAGGAGUCAGAAACAGAGGCCAUGAAGCAAGAAGAAGGAAAAGAUCCAGAGAGUCAGCCUACCACCAGCACCCCAGAGGGCGAAGAGUGGAGCGGAGGCCACCUGGUGUCGGAGGAGAAGAAGGAAGGCUGGUCCUGGGAGUCCUACCUGGAGGAGCAGAAGGCUGUCACUGCCCCAGUCAGCCUCUUCCAGGAUUCCCAGGCAGUCGCCCCUAACAAGAAUGGCUUCAAACUGGGCAUGAAGCUGGAAGGCAUUGACCCUCAACACCCGUCCAUGUACUUCAUCCUCACCGUGGCAGAGGUGUGCGGCUACCGCCUGCGCCUGCACUUUGAUGGAUAUUCUGAGUGCCAUGACUUCUGGAUCAAUGCCAACUCCCCUGACAUUCAUCCUGCUGGUUGGUUUGAGAAGACUGGGCACAAGCUGCAGCCUCCCAAGGGUUACAAGGCAGAGGAGUUCAGCUGGAGCCAGUACCUGCGCAGUACAAGAGCUCAGGCAGCCCCCAAGCACCUGUUCGUAAGCCAGAGCCAGAGUUCUCCCCCAGUGGGCUUCCAGGUGGGCAUGAAGCUGGAGGCUGUGGACCGCAUGAACCCAUCCCUCGUCUGUGUGGCCAGUGUGACGGAUGUGGUAGACGGUCGCUUCCUGGUGCACUUUGACAACUGGGAUGAUACUUAUGACUACUGGUGUGAUCCCAGCAGUCCCUACAUCCACCCAGUGGGCUGGUGCCAGAAGCAUGGGAAGCCGCUCACCCCUCCACAAGACUAUCCAGACCCUGAUAGCUUCUGCUGGGAGAAUUAUCUAGAAGAAACUGGGACCUCAGCUGUGCCCACUUGGGCCUUCAAAGUGAGACCCCCUCACAGCUUCCUGGUCAACAUGAAGCUGGAGGCUGUGGACCGCCGGAACCCAGCACUGAUUCGGGUAGCCAGCGUGGAAGAUGUGGAGGACCAUCGGAUAAAGCUCCACUUUGAUGGCUGGAGUCACAACUAUGACUUCUGGAUCGACGCCGACCACCCGGACAUCCACCCUGCAGGCUGGUGCUCCAAGACAGGACAUCCCCUGGAGCCUCCUCUCCGGCCCAGAGAAUCCAGCUCUGCCUCACCUGGGAGCUGCCCCACGCUCAGCCACAGGAGCCCGCCCCACACAAAGCCCUCCAAAUACAGCUUUCACCAGCGGAAGUGCCCCACUCCUGGCUGUGAUGGCUCUGGCCACGUUACAGGCAAGUUCACGGCUCACCACUGCCUCUCUGGCUGCCCGCUGGCCGAGAGGAACCAGAGUCGGCUGAAAGCAGAGCUGUCUGACUCGGAGACGGCAGCCAGGAAGAAGAACCUGUCUAAUUUGUCCCCAAGGAAGAAGCCCCGCCAUCAUGGCCGGAUUGGACGUCCUCCAAAGUAUCGCAAGAGUCCGCAAGAAGAUUUCCAAGCCCUUCCUCCCAGUGUGCUGCACCAGUCCCUCUUCGUGUCCACCUCGCCCACCCACCCCGCUCGCUCACUCUCUCUCUGCUGGGAGCAGCACUGCAAGCUCUUGCCGGGAGUGGCAGGCAUCUCAGCCUCCACGGUCUCCAAGUGGACCAUUGAAGAGGUCUUCGGCUUUGUUCUGACCUUGACAGGCUCUGAGGACCAAGCACGCCUCUUCAAAGAUGAGAUGAUUGACGGCGAGGCCUUCCUUUUGCUGACACAGGCGGACAUUGUGAAGAUCAUGAGUGUCAAGCUGGGCCCAGCCUUGAAGAUCUAUAACGCCAUUCUCAUGUUCAAAAACACUGAUGACACCUUUAAGUGACUGGCCAGGUGGGACCUCCUCCCGCCCUUGCCAGGCUCUCUCCUCAGACGGUGCUCCUUUCCUGCACUCUGUCCUCACGGUCUGACUAGGGCUGGCCCUUCCCAGAAGGUGUUUGGGAGCAGACGAGCCUGGGCAAGGGAGUCUUGGCCCUCAGUCCUGGAGUCCAUUUGUCUCCAGGUUGCCCCAGUGAUGGUGUGACUAAACUGAGGCCUGACUGGCACAAAGGAAUGCAGGUAUCCUGGCACUAGAGUAGACUGCAUCUUCAGUUACCUUGGUUAUUGUCUUAGGAGUUAGGAGGAACUGGGUCCAGCAGGCAUUCUCUACUCAGACCUGUGUCCUUUUUUGGAAUCUGUGAUUUUUUUUCUCCUUUGCCCUCUCCCCCUUCUAAGAAGUGACCAUAACUUUGGCAUUCUUAUUUUACACAAAUGGUGCCUCCUCCCUUUCCACUGUUGGCUGUGUACCCUUCCUCUGCUGCCUGGUUCCUGGCAGUCCCUAUCAUGGUCCAGCCAGACCCUAUGGCUCUUCUCCUGUAGAUGUGUAAGUCUCAGAAAUAUGGGAGCUUCCCAUUGGGAGCCCCUGGCUGUCUUUCCCCUUUGCCUCUAAGUGGAGAUCCAGAGCCAAGGCACCUUCCUGGACAUGUUCCGUUGAGAACCACUCAGCAUUGGAGUGGCUACUUCCAGGGCUUGGUUCCAGCAGAGUGAGCAGAUGGAUGGAGCCCAUGUCAAAACAAAUGGGGCUCGGGUUCCCUGAUGCUGCCUAGACACCAGCAGGUGCGGUCUGCUGGCCGUGGGGAAGAUGCAGUCUGGGCUGGUAGGCAGUGCAGGCUGGGAUGCCAGACACAUUGGAGUCAUUGGCCUGAAGGGUAUCUCUAGACAGCAAGGUGGCAGCAACAUCCUGUCUGUGUCUGUGGAUCUCAGCCAAGACAUUACACAAGAGUGAGAGGCCUCUGCCAGUCCAGCCUCCUGCCCAGAGAGUGCAGCACUGCCUAGCACACAACCCCUGUGACAUCGCAUUCGCUCUGUCCCUUAAACACUUCUCAUUUUGCUCUUGAGUCUAACAAGGGCCACUUACAGUGGAGAGUUGGAAAGGUUCCCUCUCCGGUCUUUGAAGUCUCUGGUCGCUUACGCCCUUCUUGCCACUCCCUAGCUGCCUCUCACUGCCAGCUGGGUCCCUGCUGGGACUCGGGGACUUGGACCUUUCUGUCCAAGUGGAGAUUCAGUCUCCACUCAGUUACUGCCAAACUCGCCUCCCAGCCUACAUGGGGAGCACCAGAGCCCAGCAGGAGUCACCCUACCCAUAGGUGGAAGCCAGUGCCAAGCUUCAUCUGGUGCUGAGGUGGGCCUGCAGGCUGAAGAGCAGGGUCAUCCCCCGUGCAGUACACUUGUAAGUCGUGUGUGUGUGUGUGUGCACAUACAUGUUGGUCAGUCAAAAGUUUCUGUCAGGUAUAGGUGUUAGGUGCGGUGUUGGGAAUAUUAAGGGCUAUUUUAAAGCUAUGGAGCUUUAUUAUUUCAUCAGAAGUGAGAAAAACAAAGGGUCUGUUGAUUUCCUGGUUUAGCCCUUUGGAGACCUCCCCUCCCUAGGCCUUCUAGGGGGAGAGCCAUUUAACACCCAGGUAGCCUCAACAGAGCCUGGGUUGCCUUUCCCUUUCAGCCCUCAAGGGUAACUGAGCACAAUCUUUCUGGGAGAACACUGCGCAAGAGGGGCCAAGGGGAGGGAGGGUUAGGUUAUCAAAUGUGACAUCAUUGCCCCUUUGCUGGGAGUAAAGAGGAGUCAGUCUUUGCUAUCUCAACUGUCCGGGUUGUUGUGGAACCUGUCAUCUUCUUGUCUUUAGUCUGCCCGGUCACUCGCUGACUGUUGUGUUCUUGACUGGGGCUAUAAGACCACACAGCUCCCAGGGAGAGGGACAACAGCCUUUGCCAUGCAGCUCGGCCAGUAAGUUACCUGUGGGAAAAGGCCAGAUGGACCAAAGGCCUUGGAGAAGAGGGCUCGCAGGCCUCCCAACUCUGAGACCUCAGCUAUUCUGCACUAAUAUCAGACUCUGUGGAAAGAAAUCAAAUCAUAAAAAAGUCAAAAGACAUCUGCCUUCUGAGCAUUCCACCACCCACUGUGUCCCCAGAUGAGACCAUUGCACCUUGACCUGGGAGCACAGGAGGAGAGGGAGUGGGUGGCUAUUUCUAGCACCCUGCGCCCUGGUCUCUAGCAAUGCCAACCACUUACACUUUGUCCCCAGCAGGCUUCUCCAGCCUCUGCCCAGCCCUGGCCUAGGACAGGGAUGAACUUUCUGUUUAAUUUCUAAGGCAGAGAGAAUGGCCCCAGGGUUUGAAAAUGAAGCCUGUUUCUACCCUUAUUCACACGUGCUAAUGAUGGAAUUACAUGUUUAUUCUUGUGUGUGUGUGUGUGUGUGUGUGUGUGUGCAUUCUUAAAGA